UUAUAUUGAAGCGCCUACAGACCUGUGUGCCUGUAGUUUGCUGUCUUCAGCCUUCCUGUCUGAAGAGAAUGGACGCCCAAGGGCUGAGAGAGGACCUCCGUCUGUUUCAGAGCACUCUGUUGCAGGAUGGACUCAAAGAGCUGCUGAAUGAGAAUAAGCUGAUUGACUGUGUCCUAAAGGUUGGGGACAGAAGCAUCCCCAGCCACCAGCUCAUCUUGGCAGCAUGUAGCCCGUAUUUCCGGGAGCUUUUCUUCUCUGUGGAUGGCAAGGAAGAGGACAGGAAGGAGGUUGUUUUGGAGAACCUUGAUCCUAACGUUAUGGAGGUGAUUGUGAAUUACCUGUAUUCGGCUGAGAUCGACAUCAAUGACAACAAUGUCCAGGACAUCUUUGUUGUAGCAAAUCGCUUCCAGAUCCCCUCAGUGUUCACGGUUUGCGUGAACUAUCUACAGAAGAGUCUCACCAAGAAGAGCUGCCUUGCCAUCUACAGGCUGGGACUGAUGCUCAACUGUGCCAGGCUGGCCAUGGCAGCAAGAGAUUACAUCGCCGAUCGCUUCGAGACCAUAGCCAAAGAUGAGGAUUUCUUAGAUCUCGCCCCACCUGAGAUCUUUGCCAUCAUUGGCACUGAUGCGUUGAAUGUUGAAAAAGAAGAAGCCGUGUUUGAGGCUCUCAUGAGGUGGAUCAGAAAGGACAAAGAAAAGCGAGCAAAAUCCUUGGACGAGGCUUUCGAGUACAUUCGCUUCCGUCUACUUCCAGAGAAGUACUUCAAGGAAAAAGUGGAGAAGGAUGAGCUGAUCAAGGCUGACCCAGAGCUCCUCAAAAAGAUCAAAGUUAUAAAGGAAGCAUUUGCAGGGAAGCUGCCCGAGAAGAGAAAGGGUUCGGGUGAUGAUGAGGGAGACGAGGGGACGCUGCCAGGUUACCUGAACAACAGUCGCAGGUAUGGCAUGCACGCUAAAGACGUGAUCGUCAUGAUUAACGACACUGCUGCAGUGGCCUACGACGGCCAGGAGAAUGAGUGCUUUCUUGCUGCAAUGUCUGAGCGAAUUCCCCGAAACCAUGUCAGCCUCGCGACAAAGAAGAACAACCUGUACGUGUUAGGAGGACUGUUUGCAGACGAGGAGGAUAAAGAGAACCCACUGCAGUGUUACUUCUACCAGCUGGACAGCCUUGCUGCUGAAUGGCUAGCCCUGCCACCAAUGCCGUCCCCCAGGUGUCUCUUCGCAAUGGGGGAAUUCGAAAACCUAAUAUUUGCUGUGGCGGGAAAAGACUUGCAGUCCAACGAGUCCCACGACACCGUGAUGUGCUAUGAUACUGAAAAAAUGAAGUGGACAGAGACAAAGAAGCUGCCUGUGAAAAUCCACGGCCACUGCGUGGUCUCCGAGAAUGGCCUGGUGUACUGCCUGGGAGGAAAAACAGAUGAAAAUAAAGCAACCAAUAAGAUGUUUGCAUACAACCACAAGAGGUCAGAGUGGAAGGAGGUUGCUUCCAUGAAGACUCCUAGAUCCAUGUUCGGGGCAGUUAUCCACAAGGGGAAGCUCAUCGUUGCUGGGGGAGUCAAUGAAGACGGACUGACGUCAGCGUGCGAAGCCUACGACUUUGGGACCAACAAGUGGUCGCCUUUCACGGAGUUUCCCCAGGAGAGGAGUUCGAUCAACAUGGUGAGCUGUGGAGGGCUGCUGUACGCCGUGGGAGGCUUUGCCAUGGUGGAGAACGAGAACAAGGAGUGUGCACCGACUGAAGUCAUUGACAUUUGGCAGUACGAAGAGGACUCCAAACAGUGGAACGGCAUGAUCAGAGAGAUGCGUUACGCAGCUGGGGCCUCGUGUGUCUCCAUGCGCCUGAAUGCAGCCAGAAUGCCCAAACUGUAACACGGGACCGUUGUGCUAUUAUUGUGUGUCGUGAUCAUUUUAUUUACAAACUCCUAGCAGAAGAUGGGUUUCGUAGUUUUAAUAAUCAGAUAAUUUUACUAUCCAUGCUGAAUUUUAGUUUGAUUAAAAUGUUGAAAUAUUUUCUCAUGUUAUGCAGUUAGGGAACUUGUUCUUAUUGUUGUGAAAGCUUUUAUCAAUCUUAUAUAUAUAUAU